CCUCGAUAUAUACAUCUCUUAAAAUAUCCUUUGCUCUCGGGACUCGGUGGUUGACACUCAUUUGUCCACAACUAUCGUUCAAGUCUUAGAAGUCGAAUUUGGUCAUCUGCAUCUGCAGUCUUACCAACAAUAUCGCCAGGUGGACUCGAUUACCGCCCACAUGCACUGAAACAUACAUACCGCGCUUUGCGGUUGGUCAUUUGAGCUCAUCAGAGCUGUCUGCAGCAAGCAGAUUCGGCGGUUGUCAAGCUUGCUGCCGCUCUUUCUGUUUUCCGCAUAACGAGGCGAUCCUCCGAAGAAGGCGAGCUGCGAGAGUACAAGUACUCGCGGUGGAUAUAUCCAUACCAUCUCUUCCCUUUGGCCGUUCCAUCCACCUCUAUUCAGCCCAGCUCACUCCUCUGUCGUCGAGGAUCUCGUUUCCCAACAAGCCAUUCCUGCCCUUCCGUCAGACAUGGCUUCCACGACCACGAAGGCAGGGCAUUUCUUGGCCAAGGUCCUGGGCAUCAAGUUGCAGAAUCCGCAGCCUUUCCAAGACGAGGUUACCCGGGGGGAGUCGGUGCUGUCUAUCCAGACCAAUGACACCUUUGUCGAGGAGGAACCCAGUACCGCCAAAUACCUCGAGGAACUGCUCCCCCAUCGGCAACAAAUAGGUGACUAUAUCUGGUCCUUGUUCCCCUUCUUGCACUGGAUCGGCCACUACAAUCUGCAAUGGCUCGCCGGAGACCUCGUUGCUGGUAUCACUGUCGGCGCCGUGGUGGUCCCGCAGGGCAUGGCUUACGCCCUGCUCGCCAACCUUGAGCCUCAGUUCGGCCUCUACUCCUCGUUCAUGGGGGUAUUGAUAUAUUGGUUUUUUGCAACGUCCAAAGAUAUCACUAUCGGGCCCGUUGCUGUCAUGUCCACAGUGACUGGUAGCGUCGUCGCCGACAUGAAGACAGCCCUGCCCGAUGUCCCGGCACACUACAUCGCGUCAGCCUUGGCGCUCAUGUCCGGCGCCAUUGUUCUCUUCAUUGGCCUUAUCCGAUGCGGCUGGAUUGUCGACCUCAUCUCGCUGACGGCCCUGUCAGCUUUCAUGACCGGUUCGGCUAUCAGCAUCGCCGUCGGGCAGAUUCCGACCAUGAUGGGCAUCACCGGCUUCUCCACCCGCGAUGCCACAUAUAGGGUCUUCAUCAACACUUUGAAGAACCUUGGGCAUACAAAGUUGGACGCCGCCAUGGGGCUUACAGCCCUAGCAACGCUGUAUAUCAUCCGGUCGGGUUGCAAAUACCUUGCAAAACGGUAUCCGAAGCACCAGCGGCUCAUUUUCUUCAUGUCCACCCUGCGGACAGUCUUCGUGAUCCUCUUGUACACAAUGAUCAGCUGGUUGGUACAUAUGAACCUUCCCAGGGGCGAGAUGAGAUUCAAGAUUCUUCUGAAUGUCCCAAGAGGUUUCCAAAACGCUGCCGUUCCAGUGCUGAACCAGAGAAUCACGAAAGGCAUCGUCAGCUACCUUCCAGCGACUGUCAUUGUGCUUCUCAUAGAGCACAUCGCCAUCUCCAAGUCGUUCGGUCGCGUGAACAAUUAUACAAUCAACCCCUCACAGGAGAUGGUUGCCAUCGGCGUCACUAAUCUCCUUGGGCCUUUCCUUGGGGGCUACCCUGCAACUGGCUCCUUCAGUCGAACGGCCAUCAAGUCCAAGGCUGGCGUGCGGACUCCGUUCGCCGGUGUCAUCACCGCCGUUGUGGUCCUUCUGGCCAUCUACGCUCUCCCAGCCGUGUUCUACUACAUUCCCAGUGCCUCACUUUCUGGCGUCAUCAUCCAUGCCGUCGGCGAUCUGAUCACCCCGCCAAACACGGUGUACCAAUUCUGGCGAGUUUCGCCUUUUGAAGUCUUGAUCUUCUUCACCGGCGUCAUUGUGACCGUGUUUUCCAGCAUCGAGAACGGCAUCUACUGCACCAUCUGCAUCUCGGCUGCCGUGCUUCUGUUUCGCAUUCUCAAGGCACAGGGCCAAUUCCUCGGCAAGGUGAGGGUUCACUCGGUGCUGGGGGACCAUGUCAUUGGCGACGACUACCACCGGACCUAUGGCGCGUACGGGACUUUCAAUAUCUCUAACGACGCGGCCGCCCGCAACGUCUUCCUUCCCGUCAACCACAACGACGGCUCCAACCCCGAGGUCCAGGUCGACAACCCUUACCCCGGUAUUUUCAUCUACCGCUUCUCCGAAGGGUUCAACUACCCGAACGCCAGCCACUCUCUCGAGUACCUGACCAACUACAUCUUCUCCCACACGCGCCGUACGAACAUCUUCCAGUACGACCGCCCCGGCGACCGCCCGUGGAACGACCCCGGCCCAAGCCGCAGACAGCGCAAGGCAGCCGCGGCCGCCAACCAGCCACCCAGUGCCCUGGGCGUGGACACCAAUCUGCCGACCCUCAAAGCCAUCAUCCUCGACUUCAGCUCCGUCAACAACGUUGACAUCACUUCGGUGCAGCAGCUCAUCGACGUCCGCAACCAGCUCGACCGCUACGCCUCCCCCGACCCCGUGGACUGGCACAUCGCCUGCAUCAACAACCGAUGGACUAAGCGCGCACUCCUCUCCGCCGGCUUCGGGUACCCGGCCGAGCGCGCGGGCGGCGUGUCCCACCGGUGGCGCAGCAUCUUCAGCGUGGCCGAGAUCGGCGGCUCCGAGAGCGCUGCCGAGCAGGCCGAGAUGGCCGUCAAUGAGAAGGAGCUGGAGCGGUCCGCGACCGGGUCCCCCAAGGCGCCCAUCGACGUCGAGGCCGGCUCCAGCGAGGCCAGCAGUAACUUCGACGCCAAGUCGAGCGGCAAGGGCCCCGAGACGCGGGCAAGGCGUGCCAUUACGGUACAUGGGCUUAAUCGGCCACUGUUCCACGUCGAUCUGACGAGCGCGCUGCAGAGCGCGAUUGCCAACGUCGAGGCGAGGGCUGAGGUGCGGAGUCCAAACAGCAUGACUUCUGGGACGUUGGGAUAGACCGGGUCAUUUUGUUAGGUUUCGUUUUGCAUUGUAGGCGUUUGGUUUUAUGAUACUAGGCCAUCGUGAACUGUUAUCCCAAAGAAUACCCAUGCCGUACGAGUUUUGGAUUGUCCAUACUACAUACAUAUAGACCACAUAUUUCUUCACA